AUGAGGCGGUGCGUCGUGGCGAGAUGUGCGGGGCAGAUGGCCGUGCUUCUGCGCGAGAUCAUUGAGCGAGCCCCAUCCUCUGGCAUUUCUCUAGAUGAUGUCGAAGUGGAGCUUGGGGGGCGUAUGCAGGCAGCCGCGACGACAGAGACAGAGACGGAGACGAGGAAGCCGCCGCUUCCUCACUCGUGGAGGGAGGCAUUGCCGGAGGUGAACGACGUGCACUACGUGUGUGGCACCACGCUGUACCCGUGCAACUGGGAAGAGACAAUGCGCGGCAUCGCAGCGGACAUGCCGCGCGAGGGGGUGACGGAGAAGGAGCUUCUGAAACGCAUUGUCGGGGUUGAGGCGCGCUUUUCGCCGCGUAGCGUCUCCCUCGGUGAGCCAAUGUGUAGGUGGGUGCGGCGCCGCUUUCCGCAAAUUUUGAACGUGUCACGCUCGGCGGUGGACGGCACGCCAAUUUACCGCGUCGUGGAGGAGCCGCUGCCCCCAGAGGCGGAGUCCAUCACGCGAGCGCUGCAGCUGCUGGGCCGUGGGAAGCUGCCGGUAUACACCGACGUGGGCCUAAUAGCCUCACUGCUGCCGGCCUCCAUGUGCCCAGGGAAGGGGAAUUGGAUGCGGCUCCUCGAGCGUGAAGAAGUGCGGCAGCACUUUGACGUGGACGUGAAUGUGUCUGUGCGUCUCUCACCUGAACGCGCCCCUGUCGUUGUGUGCGUGGAUGCCNAGUGCGGCAGCACUUUGACGUGGACGUGA